AUGGCUUCGGAUCACGAAAAAUCGCCAGUGACGCCAGUCUCUAGUUUAUGCCAGGAAUCUAACAUUAGUGAUGAUGCAGAAAAGCGGGAGGAGGCUAAAGACGAAAACGUUGAAUCCUCUUUCACGGAAAGUGAAACGCUACAAAAUGAUCUCGAAAUUUAUAAUAAUAACUUAGGUCGUGAAAAUGCUUGGUCUCUUUCUCUGAUAGAUACACUGUCCACUCUAUUGGACAAUCAUCAUAAAACAGUCAACAAUUUUAUAUCGGCUGGGAAUUGCUUAGAAGCUUCUUCCAAAAUAUACAGUAUCCGCGUUGACUCCAUAUAUUUAAGUGUUUUGCGCACUUUGGCGGCUUUAAAUGCUCAAAAAUUCCGCGAAAGGCUAGUGGACAACGUUGAUGACGGAGGUGAAACAGUUACCGAUCUUGCCGCUAGUGUUGCAGGUGUAGAAUUAAUUAGGGAAAAUCCUAAAAAGGCGAAACGCAAACGUAUACGCCCGACUACAUGUACGGUAACCAAAAAUAGGGAAACAUUAAAUGCUUGCCUAGAUACAGCAGAACUACUACAUCAAGAUCCAGUGUUUGCCAAAUUUAAUUCUAUUGCUUGCUUUGGCCAAGGACUCAUGAACAAUAUAUUAUUAACAACGGAAUCGGAAUUACUAUUGCAUACUACGUUCAUUGUUUGGGAUAAGGCAGCUUUGCCCCCUCGCGAUUACACAGAAGAGAUUUCAUUACAAACUUAUAAUGAAGACGAGCUCUCCCCAUGCGAUCACUUGUUUGAAAUGCAGAACUUGGAAAAUUUGAAAUUACGACCAUUACAAAGCGGUUACAUUAUCACCAAUGCGCCAAAGCCAACAACCCAGGAUAUGGGACACGAUUUAAAUAGACUCUAUAGAACAGAUUCCGAUAACGGUACAUCAUUUGCACCGCAACAAAUAAGGGGAAGAGAAACUCAAACUGUAAAUUCGCGAUUUGGUAAUGUCGAUGGCACAUGUAUGGCGUUUGAUAUGAGUAGCGAAUGUGAACCUAUACCUAUGAAUGCAGAACCGAUGCUUAUUGCCAAUGUGAAUUGUUAUGAAUUAAACGGUUUGGCCCAAGAGGAGCUUAGUGCCAUUAACAAUUGUCGUAGUCUAUCUACAUCCGCUAUUGUUAUUGAUGAUCUGCAUCCUGUUGAUGCUAGUGAUCUGGAAUACUCAUACAGACCUUUAAAAAAGAUUUUGCACUUUUGGGCUGGACCUAGGUAUUGGAAAUUCAAGCGUUGUCCCAGCGAAGCAGUUGCGUGGCCUGUUUUAAAUCCACGGGCCGCUUGUCCGCGACAAAAUAUGAAAAGAAAGAAAGCUAAGCAAUUAACUUUCGAUCAGUUGAAUGAAGAGCUUUUCGUGCCAUUGGAUGAAAAGUAUAAAAAUCGUAAAUUAAAUUUAAAAAGAAGAGGGGAUCAUGAGAAAUUAAAAUUCCCCAUGGACAUGCAAUUGACUAAGGAUCGUUUUUCAAAUUUCACCCUUGCUCCUGGCUUAGCUCUUUCAGGAUAUUCGACAUAUAAGUCUGCUUUACAUAGCGACAAUAAUUCUAGAGAGAAUUUCAGAGUUAAUGGACUGGGUGAAGGAAAAGGCGGUCAAUUCACUGACGAUCACGAAGACCGUAAUGGUAUUGAAAAUUUGCUUUGUAACAACUUUUCAGUUGUUCAUGAUGAAAUGGAACUCGUUGAGAAUAAUUCACUAAAUUCCACAAUUCUCGAAAUUCCCAACGAUUUCGAAGGGGCCCCCGCACAAGUAACAAGAAUUACAGUGCCCUUUGCUCGUCGAGCAAAAGUCAUUGACAUGGACAAUCUUAAACGCAUUUGUUGGGCUCUACUCAAUAAAGAAUUUAAAAAAUCGAUGCAUGAAGCGGGCGAACCGCGGCAGCCAAUCCUAAAUGACGAACGCUAUGAAGACGGUAUGGCCAGCUUUAACGAGAUUUAUGCACAAUUGCCACAAUUAUUACCAAGAGAUAUAUCCAAAAAUGUUUCUACUUCCAUUGCCUUCAGUUCGAUGCUACAGCUAGCUAAUGAACACGAUUUGCGUCUAGUACCCCAAGAGGAUCUUACGGAUUUCAAGAUACGCAAAUUGGCCGACUGA